UUUGCCGUAAAUCUAAACAUGACCGACAAGAAGGAAGAGGAGAAAAAGGAAGAUGACGAGCGUCUCGAAUAUAUUUUUAAAUAUCUAGCGUUAUCGAGAAAAAUUAAACUCGAAAAAUGGAUAAAGAUGUUAACAAACGAGGAAUAUAAGGAGAUGAUCAUGAAGUUCUUUGACACGCCGUCGGAGAUGAUUCUGAUAGUGCAACUAAGUCCGGCUGGCGUAUUGGCACCGUUUCUCGAGAUACCAACCACAAGCCGGGCAAAAGCGUCUUACUUUAUAAAGAGGAGUUCCGUCAAGAUCACGCGGGAAAAUUACAGGGACGUUAUUAUACCCGGCGACAUGGCACCGAAACCCAUCGACGAAUUGUCCAUUUUGUUCGAGGAGGCUUACGUGCCGAUAUUGUCGAAUCCGAAGAAUCACAAGGGCUGGCCGCGUGUCAUCGGCGAGGAUAUGAAGAAACACGUCUACGAUUUUCGCAAUAUAAUAUGCCAGGUCAAAGGUAAGAUGAUAGGACAAACAUUACUGCCGAUGCCGAUGGGCGUCGAACAGGUAUUCGAGGAGGAAUGGAAAGCGCAGCAGAGCGGUGGUGUCGAAGUCGAUCUUCGUUUGAAAAGCGAUAUAGAGACUAUCGUGACAAAAUGGUGUUCGCAAAUUAAUGAUGUACUCAACGAGGAGAGCACACGCGCCUUUCUCAACGAUAAGCAGCCGCUACCAAGCGAUGAGAUCGAGUUCUGGCGUCAACGGCUUGAAAAUGUUGAAUCUAUCUAUAACCAGAUGAGAGAUCCUCGAGUGAAGAAGAUGGCAUCUAUCUUGGAAUUAACCAAGAGUCCCUAUUCACAGUGUUUUAAAACUCUAUUGAAAGCUGUUAUCACUGCGGUGAUCGAAGCGCGUGACGUGUGUUCUUAUUUGAAAGCGUUGGAACCUUAUUUCGAAGACAUAGAAAAUACCGAAUUCAAAGAUAUACAGCCAAGAUUGAAACCGCUAUUGCAUUGCGUGUGCCUGAUGUGGUCAAACUCGAAAUAUUAUUGCACUUCCACGCGGAUAAUCACAUUGCUGUCCGAAAUAUCCAAUCUGCUGAUAAGCGAGGUAUUUUCGCAGGCUGCCAAAUAUUUAGAUCAGAGUACCUUGUUCGUGGGCGACGUCGAAGAUAGUCUGAAACGUUUAGAACACGUGACAAACAUUCUGACCUAUUAUACAGAAAUAUUCGAAAUGUUUCGAAGUAGGGUGGAUAAUUACUUCAAGCACCCGACCGAGUCGAUCCCGUGGAAUUUUGACGAAGAAUUAGUACUCGGAAGAAUAAUGAAUUUUCAGAAACGUCUAGCAGAAAUAAAGGUCGAAGAGUUUGAUCGACAGCUGGCGAACAUAUUCGAUCAGGCGCUUUCGGAGUGUCACAAUACGGAAGCUAUAUUUAAAAUGAUAUGGAUCAUAGAUUCGAUGGCCAAUCGACCGAUUAUCAUGGCCCAAUUAUGGCACAAUUAUGAGAGAUUGCUUCAAAGGAUUCACAAUCACUUCAAUAACAUUAAAAUAAUAUUCGAUAGCACGUUCAAAGACUAUGAUGAGGCCGAAUGGAUCGAGACCGAGCAAUAUUUUCCACGCGUGGCCAGCGCGUUGUGCACAUUGAUGCAAUUGCGACAACGAAUAGAUUAUCCGAUGCAAUGCGCGAAAUCUGUCGAUCAUCCUCUGAUAAAUCUGAGAAUCGAGCGCGAAACCAAACCGAAAUACGAGCAACUGCAGUCGCUCAUGGACGCGAUGGAGCACCAAAUAUUCACGGACUGGGCCAAGAAGAUAGUCAAUAUAAGCAACGUUCACUUGUCGAAGAGCUUAUUAAAGAUUCGCGAAGACAAAUUACUCGAUCUGAACUUCGAUCCCGAGCUGACGGCUCUCCUGCGCGAAACUCGUUAUAUGAUCAUCAUGCAGAGGACACAUUUGCCCGAGGAAGCGAUUCGGCUCUACUACAGAACGCAGUAUUUCUUCGAGAGCACAUAUAAUCUAAGUCUGUUCAUACAAUGGUACAAUUGGAUAAGGAAUUAUAGUUUGCCUGUGGAAUUUGAGUUGGUGAAACACGAAGUCGAGAGAAUAGACGAAUUAAUUCGCAUUGGUCAAGAAAAAUAUAACUGGGAUUCUUCAGAAGUGCCGAAGUAUAUCGAAAAUUUGAUGGGCCCGAUGCGAAAAUUGCAUUCGCGGAUUUUUCGCGCGCAAGCAGACGUCAAUGCAUUGUUGCGAAUGAUUUAUUCGUGGGCGCUGUCGCCGAUAUUAGAGCGUAAGGAUUUUAAAAGCGAGAAUUUGCUCGCCUUGAGCGAACGCGAUGAGAACUUUCAAAGGCGAUACGAUCAGAUCAAGCUCGCCGUCGAGGAAUUAAAUCGAGUCUUGGAUAAGAAUUACAAACUCUUCUUUGACUUGUUACCAGAUAUUUGGUACGAAAGAGACGAGUCCGAUCUGGACAGAGAUGCACGAAUAGAUAUCGAGAAGCGAGAUAUAGAAUUCAAAGUAGGAACAGAAGAAGACACAGAAGAUUUGCGAAUUCUACCAAACAAAUUGAGAAUUGAAGAGAAGGAAAGAACGGCCAUAGUCAAUAAUGCAGAAAAUCAAAGAGCCGAAUUAAUGAUCGAAAUAUUGCAAACGGAAGAAGAAAUCGCUCAGUGCAUGAUUAAAUGGAAGCCAUAUCUCACUUAUGUCGACGAUCUGAUGUCGAAAGCUCUGAUUCAAGCCGCUUCUACCAGUAUAUGUUACCUGCUCGACGAAACUGAUCCGGAGAGCAACGUGUCGCCCCUCUUCGAGAUUCAAUUGUCGCUCGAGGUGCCUUACAUUGUCUUUCGUCCUGCGGUAGAUCCGGAUGAUCCCAAAGGCUUCUACGCGUUUUAUGAGGGCCUGUUGCUUGAUGUUAUGAGAAUGGGAACUUUAAUGCCGCGCGUAGAUCCCGACAUCGCAAAGGAACGGGAGCACUACGGAAUCGAUUUAGCGGAAGAAGAAAAUAUCGUUUUCAUGCUCGAGGAGACGUGUAACCGGAUCAAACUGGGCUUGGUGCAAGCACAGGAAUAUAUUAUCAUCUUCGAGCCAUUUUCCUGGCUAUGGCUGGACGACAAGCAGCAAUACUUGAAUCUGUUUUUACGUUUCGGCCGUGCUCUCACGAACGAAGAAAAGGAAAUGGUAGCGCAAGGGCUAGAAAAUUUGUCGGAGCUAAAAGAGAGAAAACCAGGAUUGGACGAUUUUAAAAGAGAGAUCGACUAUUUUAUGCAACUUUACAAAAAAUGUGAUAAGUUCGAGAAUGAAAAGAUUUUCUUACGUUGGUUACGAUUAGAUGUGAGGUCCUUCAAGCAAGCUCUGCUCAACACAAUCUGCAAAUGGACUAAUUUAUUCAAGACAUAUCUCGUCGACGACGUCAACAGCAAGCUUAGAAACCUUAGCGAAUUCUUGGCCAAUGCUCUAAAGAAAUUCACCCAGCCAAUCGCACCGGAUGAUUACGAAGACUUGCUAAACACUAUAUAUUAUCUAAAGGAGGUUCGAGAUCGACAAUAUCAAAUUGAUGACAUGUGGGAGCCUAUAAAGGCGACUAUGGAUCUUCUCACGCAGUAUGAAGUGAAAUUCGGCGAGGAAACGUAUACUUGGCUGACGGAAUUGCCGGAGCAAUGGACGAUGGUUAAGAAAUGGGCGGCGCAGGUGAAGCAGCUCGUACAGCCUUUGAUGGCGCGACAAAUUGAGCUGCUGAAGAAGCAUCUCAAUUAUUACGAUUUCAGACAACAGCAGUAUCUUGCACGAUUCCGCGAGAACGUUGUGUUUAAUUUCGAUUGUACGAACGUGUACGAUAAACUAGACAAGAUAAAUGAAGAAAUCGUCAAGUUCGAAGAGGAAUUAAAGGCAUUGCACGAUCAAGCGAAUAUAUUCGAGCAGCAGGUAAUGGAAUUUAAACAAAUCAAGCUCGCCAGAAGAGAAUUGAGACUUCUGAAGAAUCUUUGGGAUCAUGUCAAUAUCAUUACGUCGAGUUUAGACGAAUGGAAGACAACAGUCUGGAAAAAAAUAGAUGUCGAGGGGAUGGAUCAAGAAUGUAAAAAAAUGAUUCGGGAAUUAAGACAACUAGAUAAAGAGACACGAGCUUGGGACUUGUACGCGCGCAUAGAAGCACAAAUAAGGAACAUGAUAUCAUCGCUUAGAGCAAUUUCGGAAUUGCAAAAUCCCGCCAUCAAGGACAGACAUUGGCAAGAAUUAAUGGCUGAAACACGAGUGAGAUUCACUAUGGAUGAUAAAACCACUUUGGAAAAUCUGCUAAAAUUAGAACUUCAUAAAUACGAGGAGGAAGUUAAGAACAUAGUUGAUAAGGCAGUUAAAGAAAUGACCAUGGAGAAAGUUCUCAAAGAACUGCACAACACGUGGAACACCCUCGAAUUUGGUAAAGAGAUGCACGAACGUACAAAACUCAACGUCUUAAAAAUAAGUGAAGAAACGAUUGAGAUGUUGGAAGAGAAUCAGGUGCAACUACAAAAUAUGUUGGAUUCCAAAUACGUCGCUUACUUCCUCGACGAAGUAAUGGACUGGCAAAAGAAGCUUAGCAAUGCAGACGCCACGAUCAACGCAUGGUUUCAAGUCCAACGAACGUGGAUACAUCUGGAGAGCAUUUUUAUCGGUUCGGAAGAUAUAAGAAGCCAAUUACCAGAGGAAUCAAAACGCUUUGAGAAGAUAGACAAAGAUUUUAAGGAUCUAUUGAAGGAAAUGUUGACCAACUUGAAUGUAGUGAAGUCGAUGAAUAGACCGAAACUCCUGGAUCGCUUGGAGGAAUUGGAGAGACAAUUGAACAUUUGCGAAAAGGCAUUGUCCGAUUAUCUGGAGACGAAGAAACUAAUCUAUCCACGAUUCUAUUUUAUCUCGUCCGCUGAUCUAUUAGACAUAUUGAGCAAUGGAAACAAUCCCGAAAUGGUUUGCAAGCAUUUGUCGAAAUUGUACGAUUCGUUGGCGAAGCUGCAGUGGAAACUCGAAGGAGGAAAGCCGACGAAGCAUGCCAAUGGAAUGAUAGCGAAGGACGGCGAGGAAAUGGCCAUGUAUGGGACAUGCGAUUGCACAGGAAAGGUUGAGAUCUGGCUGAAUCGCGUUACGGAUGCAAUGAGACGAACCGUGAGAUAUCGCAUCAGUCAGGCUGUCGUCUCGUACGAUGAGAAGCAACGCGACUCUUGGAUUCUAGAUCACGAGGCACAGCCGGCCCUAUGCGGGACCCAAAUCUGGUGGACUUACGAGGUGAAUAUGGCAUUCGCACGACUCGAAGAGGGAUUCGAAAAUGCGCUCAAGGAUUAUCAGAAGAAGCAGAUCGGUCAAUUAAACGUGCUAAUUGCAAUUUUACGCAGCGAGCUAAAUGAAAACGAUCGGCAAAAAAUCAUGACUAUUUGUACCAUCGACGUGCACGCGCGCGACGUUGUCGGAAAAUUAAUAUCUAUCAAAGCGGACAACUCCUCCAACUUUCAAUGGCAGUCGCAAUUAAGACACAGGUGGGACGACAAAUCGGAAGAUUGCUUCGCCAACAUUUGCGACGCAUGUUUCAUAUACGCUUACGAGUACCUGGGUAACGUGCCACGACUGGUAAUUACGCCGUUGACGGACAGAUGCUACAUUACGUUGACGCAAUCGUUGCAUCUGAUAAUGGGCGGUGCACCGGCUGGGCCCGCAGGGACGGGGAAAACCGAGACGACCAAGGACUUGGGUAGAGCCCUCGGACAAAUGGUUUAUGUCUUCAACUGUUCCGAACAAAUGGACUAUAAAUCUUGCGGCAAUAUAUACAAGGGAUUAGCGCAGACCGGGGCAUGGGGUUGCUUCGACGAAUUCAAUAGAAUUUCCGUCGAGGUCCUAUCGGUGGUCGCCGUGCAAGUGAAAUGCGUUCUAGACGGAGUGAAAAACCGAAAGAAGAAAUUCUUCUUCUUUGGGGAGGAGCUCAACAUCGUCGACACGGUUGGCAUGUUUAUAACGAUGAAUCCCGGUUAUGCCGGUAGAACGGAAUUACCGGAAAACUUGAAGACGCUAUUCCGGCCCUGUGCUAUGGUGGUGCCCGAUUUUGAGCUAAUUUGCGAGAUCAUGUUGGUGGCCGAGGGUUUCCAGGAGGCGAGAUUACUAGCGAGAAAGUUCAUUACUCUGUAUCUGCUGUGUCGUGAACUCUUAUCCAAGCAAGAUCAUUACGACUGGGGUCUGAGAGCCAUCAAGUCCGUUUUGGUCGUCGCUGGAAAGUUGAAGCGUGACGAUAGGGAAAGGCCGGAGGAGCAAGUGUUGAUGAGAGCUUUAAGAGAUUUUAAUAUGCCAAAAAUCGUGACUGAUGAUGUGCCAGUAUUCAUGGGAUUAAUAGGAGAUUUGUUUCCCGCGUUGGACGUGCCGCGAAAGAGAGAUCUGGAUUUCGAAACGAUGAUCAAAUCUGCGGCUCUCGACUUGAAGCUGCAACCGGAAGAUGGAUUUAUUUUAAAGGUAGUACAAUUGGAGGAGUUGCUUUACGUUCGACACUCUGUCUUUAUUGUCGGCCUCGCCGGGACCGGUAAGACCGAAGUCUGGAAAACGCUCAACAGGACGUACACGAAUCAAAGGCGUAAACCGCAUUACAACGAUCUGAAUCCAAAGGCGGUGACCAACGACGAGUUAUUUGGUGUCAUUAAUCCGGCGACGAGGGAAUGGAAAGACGGGUUGUUGUCCAUGAUAAUGAGGGAGCAAGCCAAUAUGCUCAGCAACGGCCCAAAGUGGAUCGUGUUCGACGGCGACAUCGAUCCGAUGUGGAUCGAAUCAUUGAAUACCGUGAUGGACGAUAACAAGGUCUUGACGUUGGCGAGUAACGAGAGAAUUGCGUUGACCAAACAAAUGCGCCUUCUCUUCGAAAUCUCGACUUUAAGGACAGCUACACCAGCAACGGUGUCCAGAGCAGGGAUUUUAUAUAUCAAUCCACAAGAUUUAGGCUGGAGCCCAUUCAUCACAAGCUGGAUAGAGACGAGAGAUCACUCCGAACGUGCUAAUCUAUCGAUUCUCUUUGAAAAAUAUAUUCCACCCCUGCUGGAAGUGACUAAAUCUAGAUUUAAGAAGAUCACUCCCUUACCAGAGAUAUGUCAUCUGGAAAUGCUUUGCCACUUACUUGAUUGUUUCCUGACUAAAGACAAUGUACCGCCGGACUGUCCGAAAGAAUGGUACGAAUUGUAUUUUGCAUUCGCCUGCAUUUGGGCGUUCGGUUCCGCGAUGUUUCGAGAUCAGCUGAUAGAUUGGCGAAACAAAUUUAGUAGAUGGUGGCAAAAUGAAUUCAGAACCGUCAAGUUUCCAACGGGCGGGACUGUAUUCAGUUAUUUCAUAGAACCAGAAACGAAAAAAUUGGUUCCCUGGACUGAGAAAGUCGUCCAGUUCGAAUUGGAUUCGGAUAUUCCGCUUCAGUCUGCUUUGGUGCCAACCGGAGAAACGGUGCGUUUGCGUUUCUUCAUGGAUUUGUUGAUAAAGAAACGCGUCCCGGUCAUGUUAGUGGGUGGAGCAGGCUCCGGAAAAAGUGUCAUCAUGGCAGACAAAUUGGCGAAUUUGGCAGAUAAUUACAACGUCGCAAAUGUUCCCUUCAAUUACUACACUACAUCAGAGAUGUUGCAGAAAGUGCUCGAGAAACAUUUGGAGAAGAAAGCGGGACAUAAUUACGGGCCACCGGGUACGAAACUGUUGGUAUAUUUCAUAGACGACAUGAACAUGCCGGAAGUGGAUACUUACGGGACUGUACAACCUCAUACUCUCAUCAGGCAACAUAUGGAUUACAAUCAUUGGUAUGACAGGACGAAACUAACUUUAAAGGAGAUACAUAAUACGCAAUACGUAUCUUGUAUGAAUCCUACGGCGGGUAGUUUCACCAUAGAUCCACGCUUGCAGAGACACUUCGCCGUGUUUGCCAUCAGCUUUCCACAAGUCGAGGCGCUCAAGCUGAUAUACAGCCAGAUCCUCGAGCAGCACGUGACCGAUCCUCGGGAAAAGUUUCAACCGACGGUGCAGAGGUUCACGGGUCCCCUGAUAAACACCGCGUUGUACCUUCACGAUAAGAUCUCCACGACCUUCCUACCGACGGUCGCCAAGUUUCAUUACAUGUUCAAUUUGCGCGAUUUAACCAACAUAUUUCAAGGAAUGCUGUUCGUCCACGGUGACAUCUUAUCACUUCCGAGUCACAUAAUCGGACUUUACGCUCACGAAGCGACGAGGGUGUAUCGCGACAAAUUGGUCAACUCUGAUGAUCAGAGAAUGUUCGAUCGGCUGCUGCACGAGGCUCUUCGGAAAAAUGUACCCCUGAAUGAAAGCGAAAUGGGUUUGGAGCAGCCGUUAAUAUACUGUCAUUUCGCGGAAGGAAUCGGCGAACCCAAGUAUGCGCCUGUCAAGAAUUGGAAUCUGCUUGUAAAAUUACUCGACGAAGCUUUGCUUAAUUAUAAUGAGCUGGUGUCUGCAAUGAAUCUGGUAUUAUUCGAGGACGCCGUGUAUCACGUGUGUCGUAUUAAUAGAAUAUUGGAAGCGCCGAGGGGCAAUGCACUUCUUGUGGGCGUAGGUGGUAGCGGCAAACAAUCCUUGUCACGACUAGCUUCUUUCGUUUCCUCGUUGGAGGUAUUUCAAGUACAACUGCGUAAAGGUUACUCGUUAAACGAGUUGAAAGCUGACUUGGCCGUGUUGUAUCUGAAAGCUGGCGUGAAGGGUAUCGGUAUUACUUUCUUAAUGAGCGAUUCACAAGUCGCUGAGGAAAAAUUCUUGGUCGUUGUGAAUGAUAUGCUGGCGUCGGGGGAGAUCACGGACCUGUUGACUGACGAAGAAGUGGAUAACGUCAUUAAUGCCGUGCGUAACGAGGUCAAGCAGACCGGAAUAAUCGACACCAAAGAGAACUGCUGGAAAUUUUUCAUCGAACGCGUGCGAAGGCAAUUGAGAUGCGUCCUGUGUUUCUCGCCAGUAGGGGCGACCCUACGAAAAAGGGCCAGGCAGUUCCCCGCAAUAGUAAAUUGCACCGCGAUCGACUGGUUUCAGGACUGGCCGCAAACGGCUCUAGAAUCCGUGUCGGCGACGUUUUUGGAGGAGUUAAGGGAGUUGCCGGUUGAAUAUCGAACUUCCGUAUCACUCUUCAUGUCCUUUGUUCAUAUGAGCGUGAACAAUAUAUCCGCGCUUUAUUUGCAAAAUGAAAGGAGAUACAACUAUACGACGCCGAAAUCAUUUCUCGAGCAAAUUUCUUUGUACUCCAAAUUGUUAACAGAAAAAACGCAUGAUUUGAAGGCAAUGAUAUCGCGUCUCAUCGAUGGAUUAGUGAAGCUCGCAUCCUGCGCCAUUCAGGUCGACGAGUUAAAGAUCAUUCUGACCGCUCAAGAGAUCGAGUUGAAGAAAAGGAACGAAAUAGCCGACAGGAUACUGACCGAGGUACGCGCGGAGAACGCGAAAGCGGAGGCGGAGAAGGCUAUCGUGACCGAGGAAGAGGCGAAAGUGGCUGAGAUCAAGGAGGUGGUGUCGGAAAAUCAGAGACGUUGCGACGAAGACUUGGCCCGCGCGGAGCCGGCGGUGAGGCAGGCCGAAGCUGCGCUCGAUACUUUGAACAAGAGUAACUUGACCGAGUUGAAGUCUUUCGGGACGCCGCCGGAUGCGGUGCUGAAGGUCGCCCAAGCCGUGCUCGUUCUGUUCUCGCCCGAAGGGACGAUACCGAAAGACAGAAGUUGGAAAGCCUGCAGAGUAUUAAUGGGAUCUAUCGACGGGUUUAUGUCGCAAUUGCGUAAUUACGAGAAAGAGAACAUACAUCCGGAAGUCGUUAAGGCGAUUCAGCCGUACAUCAAGGACAAGGAGUUCGAUCCGGAUUUCGUGUAUUCAAAAUCGCAAGCGGCAGCGGGAUUAUGCAGCUGGGUGAAGAACAUUAUGGUAUUUCAUUACAUCAAUGAAAAUGUCAAACCUCUGAGAUACGCGCUUGCCCAGGCAAAUGCCGAAUUGAGGGCCGCUAUGGAGAAGUUGCAUUCCUUGAGGAAUCGUUUAGCGGAACUUCAAAAAAUGUUAGACAUUCUGAGUGAAAAGAUGAACGUGGCUUUAGCCGCGAAACAAAAGUGUCAGGACGAAGCGGAGGCGACCGCGUUCACUAUAGAUUUGGCAAAUCGAUUGAUAAACGGCCUUGCGUCUGAGAACGUUCGUUGGGCUGAGACUGUGCAAGUAUUAAAAAAGUCGGAAAUUACUCUACCGGGCAACGUAUUGCUCGUCACGGCAUUUAUCUCUUAUAUGGGAUGUUUUACGAGGAAAUACAGAAUGGAUCUCAUGAAUUUACAUUGGUUACCGUUUCUCGACAAUCUGCAAGUGCCAAUACCGCAUACACCGGACUUGGAUCCGUUGUCUUUAAUGACCGACGACGCGAAGAUCGCCCGGUGGAAUAACGACGGUUUACCCACGGAUAGGAUGUCUUCGGAAAAUGCCACGAUACUCACGAAUUCGUCUAGGUGGCCACUGAUGAUCGAUCCGCAAUUACAGGGAAUCAAGUGGCUUAGGAAUACGUACGGGGAUCAAUUAAUAGUGUUACGUUCAACUCAAAAGAAUUAUCUCGACAGAAUCGAACACGCCAUCGCAAACGGAAACGUGGUGUUACUGGAGAGUAUCAUGGAAACAGUCGACGCCGUUUUAGAUCCGAUCCUGGGCCGGGUUUUAAUAAAGAGAGGAAGGGCCAUCAAGGUGGGGGAUAAAGAGGUGGAUUACGAUCCGCGCUUCCGUCUCAUCUUGCAAACAAAACUGGCGAAUCCUCACUACAAGCCGGAGAUGCAAGCUCAGACCACGCUCAUCAAUUUCACGGUUACGAAGGACGGUUUGGAGGAGCAGCUAUUAGGCGCCGUCGUGAAAGCGGAACGUCCGGAUCUGGAAUCGAGCAAAGCCGAGCUCACGACUCAACAAAACACUUUCAAGAUCACGCUGAAGGUGUUGGAGGAUGAUCUGUUGCACAGAUUGGCGACGGCCGGACCCGAUAUCCUAAGCGACGUCGCUCUUGUGGAGAACCUCGAAACUACGAAGAAGACCGCGAGCGAGAUCGAGGCGAAGGCGAUCGAGGCGAAGGUGACCGCUGCCAAGAUAGACGAGGCGCGAGAAUCCUACCGAUCGGUGGCGUCCAGGGCCAGCCUCCUCUACUUCAUCCUUAACGAUCUCAACAAGAUCAACAUGCUGUACCAAUUUUCUCUCAAGGCGUUCAGCACGGUCUUUCAGAAUGCCAUUAAAUUCGCGGAACCAGCCGACACCCUCGGUAAACGCGUCGCCAGUCUGAUCGACAGCGUCACGUACCUGGUUUUUACCUACACCAGCAGAGGACUAUUCGAGAGCGACAAGCUCAUAUUUCUCUGUCAGCUGACUCUUCAGAUUCUGCUGCAGACGAAGGAGAUAGAUCAGAUCGAAGUAGAUUUUCUCUUGCGAUUCCCUUAUUUGCCGGAUCAUACGAGCCCGGUGGACUUUCUGAGCAACGUCGCCUGGGGUGGCAUCAAGUAUUUGAGCGGGAUGGAGAAUUUUCGCAAUUUAGAUCGCGAUAUAGACGGGGCGGCGAAAAGAUGGAGGAAGUUCGUGGAAUCGGAGACACCGGAGAGAGAAAAAUUUCCCCAGGAAUGGAAGAACAAGCCAGCCUUCCAGAGACUUUGCAUAAUGAGAUGCGUGAGACUAGAUCGAAUGGUUUACGCCAUGCGAUGUUUCGUGGAGGAGAAACUGGGUGCAAAAUUCAUACAGUUUCGUAUGCAGCCGUUUGAAAAAUCAUACGAAGAGACAAACGCGGAUACGCCGGUAUUUUUCAUCCUGUCCCCAGGAGUCGAUCCUCUAAAGGACGUCGAGAAACUUGGUAGAAGACUCGGUUUUACGUUGAACGCGCAAAAUUUCCACAAUGUAUCAUUGGGACAAGGUCAAGAACCUGUCGCGGAGAGGGCGAUGGACAUCUCGGCGCGCGACGGUCACUGGGUUAUACUUCAAAAUAUCCACCUGGUGCGGAACUGGCUGCCGAAUUUGGAAAAGAAGAUGGAACAACUUUCGGAGGAGUGCCACGAGGACUAUCGUCUCUACAUCAGCGCGGAAUCGAGCCCCGAUCCCCGCGAGUCGAUAAUACCGCAGGGGAUACUGGAGUCGGCCAUAAAGAUCACCAACGAGCCGCCGACGGGUAUGCGCGCCAAUAUUCACAAAGCCCUGGAUAAUUUCAGCCAGGACACCCUAGAGUCCUGCACCAAGGAAACGGAGUUCAAAGCUAUUCUCUUCACCCUCUGUUACUAUCACGCUGCCGUAGCCGAGCGUAGAAAAUUCGGGGCGCAAGGAUGGAAUGGGGUGUAUCCGUUCAACGUUGGCGAUCUGACCAUCAGUGCUUCGGUAUUAUUAAACUAUCUAGAGGGUAAUACUAAGAUACCCUGGGAAGAUUUGCGUUACUUGUUCGGGGAGAUCAUGUACGGCGGUCAUAUAACCGAUGAUUGGGACAGAAGGCUGUGUCGAACGUAUCUCCUCGAGUAUCUACAACCGGAAUUGGUCGAGGGUGAAUUAUAUCUAGCACCGGGUUUUCUGGUGCCACCCAGUACUGAUUAUGCGGGCUAUCAUGAAUAUGUGGAUAAUUAUUUGCCGACGGAGAGUCCGGUUUUGUACGGACUUCACCCGAACGCAGAGAUCGGGUUCCUCACAACCACGGCGGAGAAGUUAUUCAGAACAAUCUGGGGGAUGCAGCCACGGGACGUCGCCGACACAACGAUCGGGGUGUUAUCGAAAGAAGACAAGGUGAAAGUUAUGAUAGAGGAUUUACUCGACAAGCUUCCCGAGGAGUUUAAUAUACAAGAAUUAAUGAACAAGACGGAAGAUCGCACUCCUUUCGUUAUCGUCGCUCUCCAAGAAUGCGAGCAUAUGAACGCGCUUUGCAAGGAACUGAAAAGAUCUUUGACAGAAUUGGAUCUCGGUUUGAAGGGCGAGCUCACAAUCAGCGCAGACAUGGAGGAUCUGCAAAAUCAUCUCUUUAUGGAUUCUGUACCGCCGUCAUGGACCAAACGCGCCUGUCCCUCCACCCUUGGUUUGUCGAAUUGGUUCGCUGACAUGCUCAAUCGAAUAACCGAGCUAUCGAAUUGGACGGUAGAUUUUAACUUGCCGUCAUCGAUUUGGCUGGGUGGUUUCUUCAAUCCGCAGUCCUUACUUACCGCCAUCAUGCAGCAAACCGCCCGUAAAAACGAGUGGCCCUUGGACAAGAUGUGUCUGCAUUGCGACGUAACCAGAAAGCAGAAGGAAGAAAUUACGGUGCCGCCGCGCGAGGGCGCAUAUGUGAAUGGUUUAUACAUGGAGGGUGCCCGAUGGGACGUGGCUACUGGCGUCAUUGCAGAUUCUCGACUCAAGGAGCUGUUCUCCCUGAUGCCGGUGGUAUUCGUCAAGGCGAUCACGCAGGACAAACUAGAGACGAAGAACACGUACGAGUGUCCGGUUUACAGGACCAGGACGAGAGGUCCCACGUACAUCUGGACGUUCAAUCUCAAGACCCGCGAGAAGCCCACGAAGUGGACUCUGGCCGGCGUUGCGAUUCUCCUGCAAAUUUAGACCCUCUUUCCUUCUCCGUUCACAGUUUCCUCUUCUUUCACCUUUUUUCUUUCACCUUCUUCGCCCGAGUCGUAAUGGCAAGUCGCGACCACGG